UAGUACGAAAUCAUCGGACUAGAGCGCCUAGCGCCACUCCACGCUCACAGGAUGUUUCGGCGCGGGACGAACUGUCGAGGAGAUUUGAAUUACAAAACACAAAAUUCCUAAUACAUGCGUUGUGCAGGGGCUGGCAUUUAAGUUUAAGCAGAGGAAAACUUCGUUAGCGAUGUACAGGACUGCAACCUCCAUCUCAUUUUUUUCAUACACAUAUGGGAUCUUAACGUCUUUUCGUGGAUAGUGUUACUUUUGUGGACUACUGCUGCGGGUAAUGGGUUACCCUGUUUGGCAGAAAGUUUUAGAUUAAGGCUAACUAGUGUAACUGCUAUCUUGAUAUCUAUAAAAUUACUUGAAGUUGUAUUAACUUUGCAUGCAGGCCGUGGAUUGCGUUAAAUCAACACAAAACUUGGGAGCUGUCAGAACAUCUGAAAACUGAUAAAGUUACUUGGUUACAUUUUUGGAACUCCAACGUCAAGCGGAUCAUGCUUUGGAUUAUACUGCAUUCUGUCGAACUUGGAUAACGCGACCGGACGAAGAAAAAAUUGUGCCUUUUUCGUAUUGUGGACUUGCAAGUACUUCAUUCUUUUUGGAAACGUAAAGCAAUAACAAUGUCUAUCUCUAGAGAUAAUUCUUGUAAGAAAUUUCAGGCGAACAUAUUUAAUAAAAACAAGUGUCAAAACUGCUUUAAACCUCGGGAGCUGCAUCUAUUGACGGAUGAAGAUUUGAAUCAGGCCAAACCUAUUUAUGGAGGCUGGUUGUGCUUGGCCCCUGAGGGGACUGAUUUUGACAAUCCGAUGCAGAGAUCGAGGAAAUGGCAGCGCCGUUUUUUUGUCCUGUACGAAACUGGCAGCUUGCGCUUUGCUUUGGAUGAACUGCCCACCACCCUCCCACAGGGUACAGUGAACAUGAACCUGUGUAUGAAUGUCAUCGACGCAGAGCAGAAGACGGGGCAGAAGAACGCCCUGUGCAUUGUGUUGCCCGAUCAGGAGUACUACAUCCGUGCUGAGUCUAAGGAGGUCAUCACCGGGUGGAGUGAGCAGCUGCUGGUGUAUCAACAGACCAUUGAGCUGAACAUGAAGAAGAAACGUAAAGUGGAGCUUAGCACAUCCCAGGAACCAAGACCAACAAACAUAGUGGAGGGGAUCCCAGAAGCAGAGAAGGUUCCUGACUCACGGUCAAGCCUGUGGCAGGAGGAGCUACGCAGCAGGGACCCGGUGUCAGCCUUGCCUGCAGCAGACGCCACUCCCCUGGGCUCACCGCUGCCCCCCACAGUAGGAGAGGUGACCCCGGAUGGCCUGACCUCUGACCUCACAGAUGACAAGGUGAAUGGGGUCAGCCUCGCCGCAGCAUCACAGCACCCUGUGGGCGGCAGCUGGUCCGGCGUGCAGGGAGAUGGCCGGGGGGGCAUCCCCCACUGCCCCUCCCCGACCCCCAGCGACCCCUUCCCUUCUGGGCUGCUGCCCAAUGGCUCCCAUGUCAGUGGCUUGGCCAGCUCCCUGGACUCUGAGGGGCAUGGGGACGCCAAGGCCUCUCGGCGCACAUCCCGCCCACGCCGUCGCAAUGCCGAGAAGCGCGGCCGUGCCCGAACUCCAGGCAUCCAGGAGGGGGCACCAUGCUCUGUGCCCGAGGAGAGUCGCUGCAGUGUGGCAGACAGAAGGGCAGCGCAGGAGCCAGGGGACAAGGAGGGGACGGUAGAGGCAGGCGGGGCCAGCAACCGGCGGUGCCGCAGUGAAGCUCACCACUCCCAGAGAGAGGAGCAGGAUGGGGCACAAGGUUCAGAUCGUCUAACAGCCCCUCUCCAGCCCCUUAGAAGAGCCACGUCACUGGACCGCAGGACCACAGAAUCUGUCAUGACUCCAGACCUGCUGAACUUUAAGAAGGGCUGGAUGGUGAAGCUGGACCAUCAGAAGAAGUGGCAGAAGUUCUGGUUUGUCCUGACCAAUCACAGCUUGCGAUACUACAAGGACUCCAUUGCCGAGGAGGCCUCAGAUAUGGAGGGGGAGAUAGACUUGACCACGUGCUAUAAUGUCACUGAAUACCAGGUCCAGAGGAACUAUGGCUUUCAGAUACAUACUCAGGAGUCAGUGCACACGCUGUCUGCCAUGACGGCCGGGAUUCGGCGAAACUGGAUUGAAGCGCUGAUGAAAAAUGCACGCCCAUCCACUGCUACAGAUGUGGCCAGCCCUCAUGGUCUCCCCAAGCCUGAUGUGACACAGACCUUCACGGCAGAGGCAGGGUCAAAGAGGACGCGCACCCGGGCACGCAGACGGGAGGGGCGCGCUAAGACCGUCGACUGUGCGGGGUUCCGGGCCAUGCCCGAGACGCAGCCUCCACAGGGUCUGGCAGGGGAAGCGGGGGAGGAACACAGGGGGGUGCGCGAGUACGAGGCAGUACCCUGCUCCUCCCUCAAACCCGGGCGGGGCACAAAGCAGCCAUGGACAGUGGAGGAGGAGAUCGAGCAGCGAUGGCUGCAGGUGGAGCGCACGGCCAGCAGGGAGGAGUCACGUGUGGCCCUGUCCCCAGUCGUGUCCACAGAACCACCCUGUGGAGGCAGUGCCGAGCUCGAGAGGCAGCUCCAGGCCUACAAGAGAGAGGUCGAGGAGCUGAGGGCACAGCUGAAAACCCACCACCAGCAGCAGUUGGACCAGAGCCAGCAAAAGACGGAGGUCCAGCUGGGCUCAGCUCUGAAGCGGGAGCCACAGGUCUGCUCACCGCUGGAUUCUUUGAGUCUUGAGGCUGAGAGCCCAGAGAGAGCAGCCAGUUUGCCAGUGCUGGAUUUGGCGAGGAAGUACCAGGAGACUGUGACACUGCUGCAGCAGCAGGAGGAGAGAAAACGCAGCAUGCAGGCACAGCUUUUGUCCCCUUCCUCCCCUCCCGAAACCCACGGGCCGGUCGCCAAGGAAACCGAGGGCAUCCGCGUGAAAGAGCUCAACAUCCUGCUGCGGGACAGUGAGGGCAGGCCCCAGGGGCUGAAGGACCUGCUGUUGGAUGGUAGUCCCGUGUCAGUGGGGGAGCUGGUGAGGCUGCUGGGCCUGCAUGGUGAUGCUGAGUCUUACCUGCCUGGCCAGGAGGGCAUGCUGGGAAGGACCGAGGAGCUUAAGAGCCAUGCCACAGAGCGGCCAAAGGAAGAGCAGAAGCUGGCUCAGGAGGUGGAGCUGCUAACCAGCAAGAACAAGACACUCCAGCAGCGCUGCCAGGAGAUGGUGAACCAGCUGACUGAAGCCAACAGGGAGAUUGAGAGGUUGAAGGCCCCGCUCACCAGCCAGGAGGCCAGGCAGCAGAGCCCCCUCAUGGCAGAGGAGAUGGAGCGGCUCAAGGCCCAGCUAGCGGAGAUGGACGCCGAGGGGCGGCUGCACCCAAAAGAGGCCACCCUGAAGGGCAAGGGCCUCCAGGCAGAGGAAGACUGCAGCAAGGAAGCCCUGCUGAGAAAUUGGGAGUGGCUUUACCCGCAAACAGAAGUCACUGAAGCCAAACUGUCAGAGGAACAAGCUCAGGAGAACAAGCUCCACCUUGCGGAGGGGGCCUGCAGCAAUCUCUGUGCCCAGAUCGAAGAGCUCCAGGGGAAAAGCCAAGAAUGCAAGAGAGAUCAAGGGGGGUCAAGCGCAGAGAGUGAGGUUAGGAUCCAGCAGGAAGAGCUGGAGGGAGACAGGAAGUCAGAGGGAGGGUACAGUGCAGUGUAUGGGGGUGAGGAGGGAACGAAGCAGAGCAGUGAAAGAUGUGACCCAGGUGCCGAUAGGAUCCAGCAAGCGGCUGAGGCGAUCAGGAUGAAGUCUGAGGCCCUGGGCAAACUAUCAGAGGUUAUAGGAAAAGUAGAAAUGAACAUGGAAAGGGUGAUGAGCGAGUUGUUGAGUACAGCAGAAAAGGGAACCGGGUCCGAUUUGGUCCAGUCAGAGGGAGAGGGUGUGGACCAGGCUAUGAUGAGGAAGUUCCUGUUGGAGGGAGAGUUCUGGGGAAGAUUGCUGAAUGUUCUGGAGGCUGGCCCAUCUCAGGUGCAGGAAAGUGAGCCUGCAAACGGCUUUGUGCGCGAUCUGGCAGAACACAUGACGGUGGAGAGGAAAAUGCUACUCUUGGCACAAAGGCUUUUCCCCUCUCCAAAGGUGGAUUUACUAAACAGCAGAGACAUUCAAAGUACAGGGAUGAAAGAGGAUGGGAGUAGAACUCAGGGAAACUUGGGUAUUAUUGAAAAACAUGAAAUAGACACAAAUGUUAAAACUAAGCACAGUGUUUCAGACUUUUGCAACCUUUUUGAUGAUUCCGCAAGUGGUCUCAUCAGGAAAGACCUCAUGGAGACGCUACAGGAGAAGGCAUUUCUGCUGGAUCAAAUAGCCUUCGCCAUUCAGGCCUCUGCCAGUGUUGAACUCCGAGCCUUGGCCCAAAGGCUGGGUGACUUACAGAGCCAGAAUGGACAUUGGUCAGCUUGGGUCUGGGGAGCAGCUUUGGAGACGCAUGCUUCCUAUCUGAUAAGCUGGCUGCUGCUUCAGAGUAGGGUCCUGAGGGAAACUGAGCCCGUGGCUCAAGCGGCUCCAAUGGGCUGCACAAGCUGUGCUGAACUCAGGAGACAGAUCGAGGUGCUCAGAACCAAAGUGGUGCACCCUGGGAGUCCAGCGAGUGGGGAAGGCAUUCCCUCAACACGCGUCCUGAUGGAGGGCAGGUCCACUGCCCCCCUGUGGGGGAAUGAGGAACAGGAAGAGGACAUGAUGUCACUCCGUAUGAAGUAUGAGAAGGAUCUCGAGGACCUUAAGGCGGUGUGUGAACGCGGCUUCGCUGCCAUGGAGGAGUCCCACCAGAAGGCCAUGGAGGGGCUCCAGCAGCAGCACCAGCGGGAUCUGGAGCAGGAGCGGCGGGACCGAGACAGGCUGCUGGCAGAGGAGACGGCGGCCACCAUUGCCGCGAUCGAGGCCAUGAAGAACGCACACCAGCUGGAGCUGGAGAGGGAGCUGGAGAAGGCCUGCAAGGCGAACGGUGGCACGGAGGGCGCAGACAUCGAGGAGAUCCGGAGGCAGCACGAAGAGGAGCUGGUGUUGCUCCAGCAGGAGCUGCAGGCUGUGUCGGAGCACUACUCCCAGAAGUGCCUGGAGAGCGCUCACCUGGCCUCUGCUCUGGAGGCCGAGCGGCAGGCACUCCUGCAGUGUCAGAGGGAGAACCAGGAGCUCAGCGCUCACAACCAGGACCUGAACAACCGGCUGGCCAUGGAGGUCACUGAGCUGCGCUCGAUGACCUGUCAGGACGAAGGAGACACCUGUGGCCUGAUUCCGGGGAAGGAGGCGUAUGAGCUGGAGGUGAUGUUGCGGGUGAAGGAGUCCGAGGUGCAGUACCUGAAGCAGGAGGUCAGCUCCCUGAAGGAGGAGCUACAGACCACCCAAAGAGAUAAGAAGUUUGCAACAGACAAGUACAAGGACACCUACACGGAGCUGAGCAUUGUCAGAGCCAAAGCAGAACGUGACCUGGCCCUGCUCCGGGAUCAGCUGCAGCAGGCCCACGAUGCAAUGGGGAAGCCAUUCCUGGAGGAACUCGAGCAGAGUGGUUAUGGUAUAAGACCAUGCUACUCCCUGUUAGCCCUGUCCCCAGCGCAGAUAGACAUCAUGAAGUCCAAAAGCAACCCAGACUUUCUGAAGAUGGCCACCACAGCUGCCAGAAGUUCAGACCGCAUUUUGAGGUCAAAGAGUCUGAAGGAAGGCCUAACCAAUGAGCAAAGGCUUCACCUGUUUGACAACCAGGAAACAAAGCAGUUUUGAUAUUGCAACCUCAAUGUACAUCAAGAGACACCAUUUUAGCUAUAUUAUCCCUUUGGAGAAGCACUGUGACACUGAUAACACACCUUCUAUAUUAAACAUGAUAUUAUAUUAUAAAGCAUAAUAUGUCUGGAAAAGGCGUACCAUUUACUGUGACUUUUGAUUGCCAAGUUCUAUAUUAAAUAUUCAGUUUACUUUAAAAUGGGGCUCUCAUGUCCAUUUUAAACACUACUGUGUAAGCUACUGUUUUAAACGUGUAAAUAUCAUAGUGAAUAUGUACAUAUUUAAUAGAUGAACAUCAAAGCAUAGGCUACUUAUUACUGAGUCUGUUGCAUCUUACCUCUAUCCUGAACAAUAACUGGCCUUUGGCAUUGUGGGUAAUGUAGGCUUUGGUCUGUGUGAUGAUUAUAAUGUCUCCCUCUGUGUCCCUCACAACGUCAGGGCAGAUGGCUCUAGUUUUUGGAUGAACGUGAUUUCCACAGACACAUAUUUUACAUUUUUCCAGGUUUACAGUGCAGUCUGGUGGAACAUUACAUGUCAGCCCCAUCCACUCUGAUUCUCCUGAGUUAUUUAUGUAAGCUCCAGUGUGCUGCAGAUAUGAAAUCAAUGUCAAUAAAGUUGUUGA